AGCAUCUUUAUUUGUUUUCGUCUUUUUCAAUUUAGUUUACAGUGAUCAGUUUUGAUACUUGACACAAUCAUUUGAAAGAAGUCCAGUCUACUCGACAUAACAAGAUUACCGUACUCCAUAUAAUUCUUCAAGUUUGAAAAAGCAAACGGUUUCACAUCGCAUUUUUUUUGUCUCAAAAAAAAAAAAACAAAAAGGAAAACAAGGAAUAAAACCCAAGAUUUCCGGUUACAAUUCAAGUCAAUUACAAUUGUACGUGAGAACAUCAACUUAGUCAUUAGUGAAAUUUAGUUUGCCCUACUAAAAGCACAACUGCCAGAUUGUUAAUACUUGCAAGGCGCUUGGUAACAUACAUACACAAACAGGAAAACGACACAACCAACAAACCCCUCAGCAGGGAAUACCUGAACAACAACUGCAGCUGCAGCAACAACAACAACAACAAGGUGGUGCCGUUGACUAUAAUAACGCCAGAUAUCAAUACAUGGCCGGUGCUCCAGGUACUGGUGCUGCCACUGGUAACAACUACUAUCAACAACUGAAUCAAGCAUAUGGCAAUAGGGGUUAUCCACAAACAGGGGCUGGAGCUCAAACUGCCGCUGCUGCUGCUGCUGCUGCUUCUUCUAAUCCAGAUUUACUUGCUGGUAGUGGAGCUAAUUCUACUGUCGGUCAAUUCCAACCUCCAGGUAUACGACCAAGAGUGACAACCACAAUGUGGGAAGAUGAAAAAACUUUAUGUUAUCAAGUGGAUGCAAACAAUGUUUCCGUGGUGAGAAGGGCAGAUAACAACAUGAUUAAUGGAACUAAGUUAUUGAAUGUUGCUCAAAUGACACGAGGUAGAAGAGAUGGAAUAUUGAAAUCAGAGAAGGUUCGUCAUGUGGUUAAAAUUGGUUCAAUGCAUUUGAAAGGUGUCUGGAUUCCUUUUGAACGAGCAUUGUCCAUGGCACAACGUGAAGGAAUUGUCGAUUUGUUGUAUCCGUUAUUUGUCAGAGAUAUAAAAAGAGUGAUUCAAACUGGAGUAACACCCGCCGCUGCCUCUGCAGCAACCGGUGGUGCUCAACAAACCAGUCCUCCUGUAAAUAACAAAAUGGGAGCUGGUGCCGUUCAACAAAACUACUAUUCCCAAUACAAUCAACAACAGCAACAACAACAACCUCAACAACCCCAACAACAAUACGGUCAACAAUAUCCUACAGGAACUCCCAACCAAGGCCAGGCUAGCAUAGUUACCCCUGGUCCAACUAAUCAACAAUCUCCACAACAACAAAACCCAGCCGUAAAUGAUCCUCAAUAUCAACAAGUUUACGGUGGUUAUCAACAACAAUACUACAAUGGAGCAAUUGCCACUCCUAAUAACCCAAAUAAUCAAUAUUAUCAAGGCUACUACAACGGAAGCACAUAUGGUCAACAACAGGCUUACCCUUAUGGCUAUCAACAAGUGCAACAAGGUAUUCCACAACAACAACAACAGCAGCAACAGCCAAUGCGCCAACAGCAGCCUCUACAACAACACCCUCAUCAGGUUGGUGAUCUGCAAACAAAUGCUCAACAACACACUCAACCACCACAACAGGUACAAAAGAGCCCCGGUAAAUCACCACCUACUUCGGACAAAAAGGAAAAGAAGUAGAGUCAAAGAUGUCAUCAUUAUUAUACACGAAUUUAGAUUUUUUUUUAAUAUCUUGUUAAUUUUUGGCUACAAAUGUUAUUAUUAUUUAUUGUAUGAUUGGUUUUUUUUUCUUUAUUAUUUAUUGGCAAGGAUUUGCAAACGUCUUUGCCUGCUAUUAAAAUGAUAGAUGGAGGUGUCUGCUUUUUCUACCAUCUGAAGCUUAUGAAGUGUAUAUAUUAUGGUGCAUAAAUGUAACUAUUUUGUGUGUGUUAUCAUUAUUUUUGUGUAUUAUUCCGUUUUUAAUAAAGUUUUUACAAUU